UGCACGUGUUUGUGCCUAAUGGAUCUCUUUCUGCCAGGUUGAAACUUCGUAUUAUACAUCCAUGGUUGAAACACACACACUCUGCCGGUGUUAUCAGCUGUGAUGGCAGAGUCUCGGAGGGUCCAGCUCACCACGCUGUCCUGUGAAGCCCCUCUCCCCACCCAGCCGGCCCUGGUGGAGGUGAAGCACCCCCCUGGUGUUGUUCAGGAGGAGGAGAAGUGUUUGGACCGGCCUUCAGAACCCAGCUCGACCCGCCUGGUGCUCAAACUGUUCGACCCUGAUGAGAGAAGCUUUCCGGAGUUCAGCUACACUCGGCUCCUAGACAACAAGAUAAACAACACAAAAGUCCCACUGAGAAGAUUUGAUGAGGAAGAGAAGAGAGAGAUCGACGAGGUCGUGGCUCUUUCAGGGGAGUUGGAGAAAAAAUAUGCAGACAAACCAAAGAAUAAGGACCGUAUCCAGGACCUGAUCGAUAUCGGAUACGGUUAUGAUGACGAGGAUUCCUUCAUUGACAACACGGAGCCUUACGAUGAGUUUGUGCCGGCCUCCCUCACCACCAAGUUCGGUGGAUUCUACAUCAACUCUGGCGUGCUGCACUUCCGCCAUACAUCUGAGACCGAGGACCUCAAAGCAAGAGAGAAAACUCCUGAGUCCUCAAAAAAACGUAAAGUCAAUGACGGACAGGAUAAGCCGAAGAAGAAGAAGAAGCGCUGCAGAGAAGAGGCGGAGCAGACGAUCAGCUUUUUGGAUCCUAAGUCAAGCCCUUUCACUGAACUGGCAUCGGACGACAAGAUCAAGAAGAAAAAGGUUUCCCACACGUUGAGCGUCACCAGCAUGUUGAAGAAGUUCCAAAGAGAGAAGGGGAAAAUGGAUAAAGUAAAACCAAGGAGGUCUGCGAUCACAAUGUUCCCGGCAGACGCAGGCGGGGGGGGGGGUUUGGGACUGACAGACCCUCUCCUCAGUUUAAUCGGAUCAACCAAUGAGCACACUCUCAUCCAGGCAGUCAACGCAAUGGAUUUUCACAUCGACUCUUUAUUAGAUGUUAGUGAAGCCGCUUCGUCCACAAAAAUGGCGCCUCCACCUUCAACAGAAACGCAGCUUUUCAGUCCCAAAACAGAAAUGACCCAGUCUGAGGCUCGCCCUCAGGUUCUUCCUCCAAUCAAUGUGCAGCUUCAGUUAGAGCAGAUCCAGAUCCCGACACACACCAGUUCUACAUUACCUCAGUGUGUCCCGCUGCCGGAGGGACUUCCCCCCCGACUGGAGGACAGCAUUAGGAAACUCACGGUGGUUGCCAAGACCUCCGAGGGAGAGUCUAAACUAAAGUUCUUCACUCCAGAAAUCAACUCAAUGCUGCUAGAUAUUGAGUUGCAAUGUCGGGAACAGGGGGUCCAGCUGCGCUCCAAGGUCUUCACACACCUGUCGUCCUUCCUGCCCUGCAGCAGAGACACACUCCUCAAACGUGUGAAGAAACUGUUCCUCGCACACACGGAGGAAUACUCUGAUGUGGAGAACCGCAUGGAGAAACUGAAGGAGGCCGUCUGCAGAGCCAUGCCCGAGCAGAUUGCAAGUUUCAAUGAAAGCUGUCAAGUAUAUGAGCAAGCCAGGACUUCAAAGGCAGCGGAGGAGAAAGAAAGCAAACAGAAGGAGAAUGUUGGUCCAGAGGACAACAUGGAGGAGAAAGGCGGGAAAAGAGGAAGUCCAAAGAAGCUGUUCAAAUGGAACGAAGAGAUAAGGGAGUGCCUGUGUCACGUGUUAACCGUGAACAUGGAGAGGUAUAAAAGACAGAAAAGGAGUCAGGAGCUGGAGGACUAUCUGAAGACCUUUUUAGACCAUGAGGUCAAACUGCUGUGGCCAAAGGGGUGGAUGCAAUCCAGGGUGCUGAUAAAGGAGAGCAGGGAGAUGUUGAGCCUCUUUGCACCAUUACCAGUGAAGAGGGUCCGGCCUGAGAAGAAGCAGUCGCCUCUCAUUUCUCCUCUCGCUACUUCGGAUAACUUCAGCGUCCUCCAGGAGUCUCCCCUGCUGAGCAGACCGCCUCACGACUCAGACGAUGUCAUUAUCGUGAGUUCAAAUCCCUCCAAUCCAGUUUCUCUUAGUUCUGAGAAUAAGGAAACCUUGCUGAAGGUGGAGGGUCAAACGAGAAGGAUUUCAGUGGAUUCUGCCUCCUCUAGACCUGCUGACAAACUCCCGAUAAACGCCAGAUAUGCUCAGACUCAGUCCCUCGUGGAGCUCCUCGCAGAGCAGGCGCUGGCUCGUGUGCAGCCGAUCCCCCAGGAGUUCCUGGCAGCAGCCGUGGCUAAAUACAAGCGUUCAGUCCAGCACUUGAUCCUCGGGUCCGACACCAGAAGUCCUCCGGUCCCUCCUCCGCCCCCUCAUUCCAGCCCGGUGGGUUUCCCGUUGUGUCGAGUCGUUGUGCCUCAGCAGGUCAGAGACGUCCGCCGGCUCUCUGAUGCUGGACACGUGCUGAUCAUCUCAGACGACGACGACGUUAUGCUACAAUGACAACUCCCGGUGCAGAUUUACACGCUGUACGUUUUGUUUAAUCAUAUUUAGUUGAUGUAUUUUUGGAUGAAAAAACUCUAAACAGCAAAUAUCCUGAUUUUCAGUCCCUACUAUAGAAUUCAAACAUUAGUUUAAAUGUUCAGGUAAAAGUUUGACGGAUAACCUUAUUUAAUAGGUCUUUAGUAAUAAAAUAAUGAUCUGACAAAAUGUCAAACUACCAUUAAUAGCCUUUUUUGUAACAUUUAGGAUCAAACCAUGCAAGACUUAAAAUAAGUAAAGACUUAUUGUUUGACAAAGUACAACCCAGAUAUGGAAUAUAUAGUAAAUGAAGGUUUGUUCAACUUUGUUUAUUUCUCUCUUGGUGGGAGCCGUUUCUUGACUGGACAUAUGUUGAGAUUAUAUCAAACACAGGAGUUACGACACCAAAAUCAGCUGUGCAAAUGAGUUUCUCAUCAAAAGUCAAUUGGCUAAUGAAUAUGACUUUUAGUCGACAGCUACAAGUUGAGAUUUUUUUUUUUUUCAAAUGGAAAUGUGCUCCCAACAUUUUCACUUGUUUUGCAUUUCAUCUGAGUUGGGAAGUAACCAAAGAAAUGCUAGUUUUGUUUUACCUAUGAAAGGAGAAAUGGCACCAAUUUAGAAAUGAACAGACUGUUUCUGAUAACAUCUUGUGAAGAACUGUGACCCUUUAAUCAACUUGUAUUUGAGAGGCGUUGUUUAUAAUGUAUGAUUUAAUUUGAAUAAAUAAUAAAAAAUUAA